ACGUAUCGCUGUUGGGCUGUGGCAACUCUUGGAAGCUGGUCAGGCGCAGUUCAGUUGAUGCUUUUUAUUCUUCGAAUUCCGGCUGAUCGCUUUCAUUCAUUCUUGAGCAUAUUCUUUUUGACGCUUGUAGGCAGGACGGAACUUCUCGCGUCAUUAAGGCCUCUUGAUUGUUUUUCUACAGGAUCUCUUCCUUCUCGUUCGCGCCUGCGUCUGCUUGGCCAAGCACCGUCUUUAGUGGCACUUUGUGCUAUAGACAACCUCUCGUUCCGGACUAAUCGCGUCUCCCCUUGCUUCGUCCACCGCGUUCUCGCCUCUUCCUCUUGCUCCUUUGCUAAGUCGGCAAUCAGUCGGCAUGCGAGACCACAUUUUCUUCAGAAGCUCCUAAUGAGACCUGGCCAGCCAGAAGUUUCAGCCCUCUCUGAAUAUAUUGUUGACUUGUCCGUCAAUAUCACCUGCUUAGCAAAGUGUCCCCAGAUCGUCCUCGUAUUCUAUGCUUCCUGCUCUGUUUCAUGA